UAAGAGUCCCUUUCAUUGGCAAAUUCUAACCUGGGUCCCCAGAGGGAAGUUGGUACCGAGAAACACAAUUGCCAGCCCUAGGAAUGACUGGCAGUGGUGAUGUCGAGCUGACCACCAGUCCGGAACAGCACAAGCCUCCUCCUUAAUGGAUCACUGGUCCUCAUCCUUGAAGGACUCGUCUUCAUUAGGCCUUUCAUCUGAUGGGCUGAGAGUGGUACAUCCCGACUUGUUGGAGAGGUUUCCACCUGGCUAGGUGUCUAGAAGUCGAGUACCUUAAUUUGGUGGGAGCAGCCUCAGGUCACUAGAGAGUAGAGUCCCAAGACACGUCAAGUGUCAAAGUGAAGAUUUGAAAUAAAAAGGAGGAAACCAUCCAUCCCGGAACAGAGGAACCCCAAAAAUUCUUCCAAUGCUGUCAGCAGCUGGAAUGCCCCGGACAGAGUUUUAAGGAACAGGAACCCGCCUCAAUCUCUCUGGAGUGUUGCAUGGAGAAGAGAAUUUUGGACAAGGAAGGACAGUUCCAAUUCUGCAAAAAGAGAAGACCCAGGCCUUGACAAGGAUCCCGCGUGUUCUGAGAGGACCCCCGCUAAGGAGGUGUAGGAGUCCCACCCUAUGUUUCGCUGUGGGAGACGCCAAAAGAGUGAUCUCAGGGGAGAAAGGCCCUUGGUCUGAAGAGUCAGCCACCGUUCUGCAGAGGGAGGAGGCUUGGCUUUAACUAAAGUUAUGGACCCCGAAUGCUGACAAAGGGACUGUUUCCAGAAAGCGGGGCUGCCAGCGCACUUGAACGUCAGGAUUCUGUGGCCCAGGGAGGAGUAAUCGUGUGUGGGAUGAUCAUGUGGUGAGGACUUUGGAGGCGGUCCCCGGCGGGGCAGUAGAUACUGGACUCUGGCAGAUACCAAAGUGGGGACGCCGAGUGCAAAUGCAGACACUGCAGACUGCGCAUCAUCCGGGUCCCACAGAACCCCGCCUCUGCUGUCAGUCCUGGGUGAUCUCGCGCGGUGACCGGAUGUGGCUCCCGGAUUUCCGCUUUGAGAAUGAGAUCGUCGAUGUAGUCGGUGGUGUGCUGUGCCGCGAGGAGGUUGGAUUCCGAGGACUGGCGUGGCGGCAAGGUGCCACCAUCACUUGUUCACUAGUCACACUCUUACCUGCUGUCCCUGACCACAGCUAUCAGUCAUGCCUCGCGGUCAUAAAAGUAAGCUCCGUGCCCGUGAGAAACGCCGUCAGGCCCGGGGAGAGACCCAAGAUCUCACAGCUGUUCAGGUCUCUGAAGCAGAAGUAGAAGAGUCCCCUUCCACCUCCUCUUCUGCUUCUGGGGGUACAUCCCAGGGUUCCUCUGUAUCUGGCCCUCCCCCGAAGCCUCAGAGAACCCGAUCCACCACUAGUGCUACAAGAUCUAGCAAAAGUGCCAAGAGCCAAGAUGAGGAAAAGCCAAGCACCUCCCGGGCCUCAAUUUCUCUCUGGGGCUCUCAUAAUGAUCCUGUAAGUACGAAGACAGGAAUGUUGGUGCGGUUGCUGCUGUACAAGUAUAAAAUGAAAGAGAUCGUUACCAAGGCAGAUAUGAUGAAAAUUGUCAACAAAAGGUACAAGGAGCACUUCCCCGAGAUCCUCAGGAGAGCCACUGAGCGCAUAGAGCUGGUCUUUGGCCUUGAUUUGAAACCAAUCAAGCCCAGUGGUCACUCCUAUAACAUUGUCAGCAAGCUAGAUCUUCCCAAAGAUAUGGGUCUUAGUGGUGGCUGGGAAAAUCCUAAAAAUGGGCUUCUGAUGCCUCUCCUGGGUGUGAUCUUCUUGAAUGGUAACUGUGCCUCCGAGGAAGAGAUCUGGCAAUUCCUGAAUAUUUUGGGAGUCUAUGAUGGGAAGACUCACUUCAUCUUCGGGGAGCCCAGGAAGCUCAUCACCCAAGAUCUGGUGCGGGAGCAGUACCUCAAAUAUCGUCAGAUACUAGGCAGUGAUCCUCCACGCUAUGAGUUCCUGUGGGGUCCAAGAGCCCACGCUGAAACCAGCAAAAUGAAGGUUUUGGAGUUUUUGGCCAAGGUCAACGGUACCAUCCCUAGCGCUUUCCAACCCCAUUAUGAAGAGGCUUUGCGAGACGAGGAAGAGAGAUCCAAAGCCAGAGCUGAAGCCAUGGCAGUUGAGGUGGCCAAGGCAAUCGCUGCUGUCAAAGCCAGUCAUGCCAGGGCCAAGUCCAGUAGCUCCUCCCACCUCUAGGGAGGUGAGGCAGAUUCUUCCUUUGUGCUUGUAAAACUACAGGUGGUGCUCCUGAUAUGUGUGAAAAACUGUUGAGUUCUCUUUGUUCUUUUGAAUUUUUCAAGUUGUUCCUUACAAUAGAAAGUUUAUUUAGAUUCAGAAUGUAAGCUUGUUAGUGAUACUAAUCACCGAUUUGUUUUAUUGAUGAUUAUCAAGUUUAGCAGUAAGAGUUUUGGUAUUGAAAUACAAAUUGCAAAUCCUUAAGUCACUGUCAUGACGCAGAAUAAGAUUGCAUGUCAUUGGAAGAAGUAUAUCCUCCACACUAAAAUAGUUGGGAUCAGGGACAGAAAAAAGUAAAAGUUGACUAAUUCUUGGUUUGCCUUACUCAGCCUAGGUUUUCCUUUUGUGUGGUGAAGAAUUGGAUUUUUAGUGGUGAAUUUUAUGUAAUGUGUACACAUGAAGUAUAGUAUGUGUCUGAUUAGUAUGUGUAGCAUAUACAUAAUUAUUGAUUUAUAAUGAUGCACACCUGAAACUUAAGUUAUGAUGCAAUAUUACUUCAAUA